AAAGAAUUCUCAUUAAUGGUUUAGGCGGGAUGGCUAUGUCGGGUGGACUUUUACACCCUCUAGCUCCCCCCCCCCCCCCUUCCUGGAAAAAUCCACUUCUUUUAUUCAUCUGACAAUAACCAUGGGGGGGACUUGUUCAAAGAAAUCCAAUGCCAGUAACAAAAAAUCCAAUCCAUAUGCAAAGUCUAAGGGGAAUGGUGUUGAUUCUUAUUGCAACAAGCCACAUAUUUCAAGUACUCAACAAGUGAAGGAAAGAAUAGAGAAAAAGGAAUUGCAAGAGGCAAAUUUAAAGCAGCGGACAAAGGAGUCAUUUUUAUAUGCUAAAAAUGAUGUUGGAGACGAGUUUUAUGAUGGGAUUCCUAGAUAUCCAUCAUCAUCAAUAAAAUCAAGAUCAAUUCGCAGACAAGCAGCUGUUGCCAAGGUUUCGGAGGUUAGUUCACGUAUAAGUAGAGCUGGCACUCUUGGACUAGGGAAAGCAGUGGAGGUCCUGGACACACUAGGGAGUAGCAUCACAAAUUUAAACCCCAACAUUUUUGCAUCUAGUGUAGCAACCAAGGGCAAUGAACUUGGAAUUUUAGCUUUUGAGGUAGCAAACACAGUUGUCAAGGGUUCCAACCUUAUGCAAUCUCUUUCUAUACGAAGUGUAAGUUAUUUGAAAGAGGAGGUGCUUCCUUCAGAAGGCGUGCAAAAUCUGAUAUCAAAAGAUAUGGAUGAACUUUUGAGGAUCGUUGCAGCUGACAAGAGAGAAGAGCUGAAAAUAUUUUCAGGAGAGGUGGUUCGUUUUGGAAAUCGAUGUAAAGAUUCUCAAUGGCACAACUUGGACCGUUAUUUUGAGAAAAUUAGCAGAGUACAAACUCCUAGUAAGGGAUUGCGGGAGGAGGCAGAAUCCAUAAUAGAACUUUUAACGAUUCUGGUUCAGUAUACAGCCGAGCUAUACCAUGAAUUGCAAAUUUUGGAUAAAAUGGAACAAGAAUGUCAACAGAGGGAGGAUGCUGCAGCAUCUAAUCAGAAAGGAGAAAGCCCUGCAAUGUUAAGGACAGAAAUAAGAAACCAAAGAAAGCGAAUACAAAAUGUAAAGAAGAAAUCAUUCUGGUCUAGAAGUUUGGAAGAGGUUAUGGAGAAGUUUGUAGAUAUUGUCCAUUUCUUAAUCCUUGAGAUAGGCAACGCAUAUGGUAGCUUUGAUGAUUCCAUACAAGAUAAAGAAUCUGUGAGCAAUCCUGCAAGAUUGGGACCUGCUGGUCUUUCUUUACAUUAUGCAAAUGUAGUUAUGCAAAUUGAUAACCUUGUGGCACGAUCAAGCUCCAUGCCUCCAAAUAGUAAGGAUGCAUUGUACCAGAACUUGCUGCCUGGUGUAAAAUCAGCUCUGCGUUCCAAAUUGCUGUCUUUUCAUGUCAAAGAUGAGCUUACCAUUACGGAAAUUAAAGAUGAGAUGGAGAAGACAUUGCAGUGGCUGGUUCCCAUGUCCAUUAAUACAGCCAAAGCCCAUCACGGUUUUGGUUGGGUAGGAGAGUGGGCAAGUAUCGGGUCUGAGCCCAAUAGAAAGUCUGCUGCUGCAGCAGCUGACAUAAUCCGGAUUGAAACACUCCACCACGCCGACAAGGAGAAAACAGAAGCCUAUAUUCUUGAACAGGUAUUGUGGCUUCACCAUCUUGUCAGCAAAACCAAGAGUGUUUCUGGUGGUGGUAGCACACUGGGUCAGAAGUCGAAUCAGAAGCAAAAACAAGAGUUGCCCAAUGCACCCGAGUUGCCUGACACAAUUGUAAUGUCAGAUGCGCCAUCGCUAAUUACCAAUGACCAAACAAUUUUGCUGGAAGCUAGUGAGAAAAAACAGAUACUAGAAAACAGGAAGAGCCAGGACGACGACUCGGUGGAUACCCAGUUGAGAGAUGAUGAUGGGCCGAGUAAGAGCAACAGUCAUUCCCCUCCAAGGGAAAAUGAAGACUCAGCUACUGUAAAAAGUGUUCCUUCUGUGCUUCCCAUCACUGAUGUUGGUAUGGAUAAGGAGAACGAAUCAGAUACCAUUGACAGAGUUAAUGUGCUCAAAAACUAAGGAAAGCAUGGACCUGUUACUGCUAAGUAGCCGUUCGGUGCAACCUCAGUUUCCAGUGGAAAGCAUCAAACACCAGGAAACUAGUGCAACCUUCUUUCCAAACAGACCCUGAAAACUUAAAAAUCAUUCUGCAGUUCCAUCAUCACUUUUGGGGUUCACGAGAAACCAUUGAAUGUUAAUAGUAAAGUUGAUAUGCUCAGAUAACUGAUAGAACGAUAUACAUUAUAUGCAAGUGACAAGAAAUUUAAGUAAUAUGCAGACAGAAAAGGCCUUCCCAUGUA